AUGGCAACAUUCCAAUAAAAAUACGAAUCAUUGAAAUAGGAAUUUAAUGAAUUAGAUAUCAAUGAUGAUGGCCGAUUAGAUAAGAAUGAAAUGUUCUAAGUUCUAGAUUCUAAGAUUGGAAAAUAAUUCGAUCGUGAGAUUGCUGAAGAAUUAUGGUCUAAUUUAGAUAUUAAUCAUGAUGGUAAAGUGACAGUAAAUGAAUUCAUUCAAAUACUUUUGAAAGCUGAAGACAGUUUGAAAAGCAAAAUAAACAAUUGCAGAACUACUUUAGAAUUAAACUAUUAACAGAAAAGAGAAACAGAAACUAAUUUAGAUUAUUGUUAAUCAAAUGAAAAAUUGAAUAACUUUGGAGUAAUGGAAGGCAGUCAAUUAUGUGUUAUUGUGAUUCAAGCCGCAAAUCUGAAGGCAGAUGGAAAAUAAUUAGAUCCUUUUAUCACUUUACAAUUUGAUAAAUUUGAAAAGCAAACAACUAUUAAUAAAGGUCCUAAUCCUAUUUGGAAAGAAACCUAAAAGUUCUAUUUCCCUGUUUAAACUGGGAAGGAAGACUUAAAAUUAACAGUUUGUGAUUUUGAUAAAUAUACUCCAAAUAUCGUGAUUGCCAGGGUUGAUUUAAAUUUAUCCAAUAAUGCUUUUAAUCUGAAGAAUCAGCAAUUGCAUGAUAUUUGGCUGGAUUUAUAUGAUGUCAAUGGGAAUAGAAGUGGAUCUCAAUUGAACAUCCAAAUCUAAUGGGUCUAUUCUAAGGUCAAAUAUCUUAGAGAUGUACUUAACUCUUACUAAUAAUAAGUGUAUUCAUAAGAAUAAGAAUUACUGCAAUAUGAGAGAGAUCUCUUUAUUCUUUAUGAGCCAUUUGUUAAGUGGAGAUAACUCAAUACAAAAGGGUAUUAGAAGCCCAUCGCUUAAACACCCGCAUCCAUGAUUCCAGUUUCAUAUUAAUAGGCAGACCCAACAAAAAUCAUUAAGCCAUUUUCUGAUCCUCUUUUGGAUAAAAAUAGCAAAUUCAAAUUAAUUACUAUUUUGGUUGGUCUCAUAGCUUGUCUUACUCUACUGAUAUUAUUUUACAAGGCUUAAUAUUUUGAUUUGCUCCUUAUUAUAGACUUCUAUAUCCUGUGGGAAUUUAAUGCUUUGAAUGAGAAUCGCAUAAAGACUCUAGGGAUCUUGUUCGGAAUGAGUUGUUUCUUGGAUGUUGUGUGGAUCUUUUGCAUUGGUAUGAAAUGGCUUGGUAAUGAUUCUCAUGAGAUUUUCAUACCUUAUGAAGUCUCCAUCCAAAAAAUGAUCUCCAUUUUAGUGAUAAUAAGUCUAAUUGUGAGGUUGUAUCUAAUACUAAACUUAUUUUAAUUAUCUCAAGAGGUGUAAAACAUUACUAAUCCUUAACCUUAAAAAAUACAACAUAGGAAUAUCGUAAAAAUAGAUAUGCAAAAUACACAUAAUAUUGAAUCUAAAACCUACCUCCAUAAUGGACGACCAAUUGUGAUUUAUUGA